GAUCCUGAGUGACGUCACGGCCGGGGGCGUGACGUGCUGCAGGCGGCCGCGGCUGGUGGCCUGGGUCCUUCUCCUCAGCCGCCCUCCUCCUGUUUUCCCCUCGGUGGCCCCGCCCCCCUCUCCAACUACGGGUCGCGGUUGGGGGCGGCCGGGUCGUCAAGGGCGACGCGGCUCCCUCUCGCCGCCCCCCUCCCUCUCCUCCGGCUCUUCCCCCUCCUCCCCCUCCUCAGCCGCGCGCUCCAAGAUGGCGGCGGUGAGCAGCGACGGAGACGCCGAGGGGGCCUCGCUCUUCAACGGGGACAUGGAGCCCGAGCUGCCGCCUCUGCCGUCGACGCCGGGGGCCUUCCCAGGAGCGGGAAGCGCCGCAGGAGGAGACCCCGCCGUGCCGGAGGAGGUGUGGAACAUCAAACAGAUGAUUAAAUUAACACAGGAACACAUAGAAGCCCUACUGGAUAAGUUUGGAGGAGAACACAAUCCACCAUCCAUUUAUUUGGAGGCCUAUGAAGAAUACACCAGCAAACUAGAUGCACUACAGCAGAGGGAACAGCAGUUAUUGGAAUCCAUGGGGAAUGGAACUGAUUUCUCUGUCUCCAGUUCUGCUUCAACAGAAACUGUUGCAUCAUCAUCAUCAUCUAGUCUCUCUGUAGCACCUUCAUCUCUCUCAGUUUAUCAGAACCCUACAGAUUUGUCAAGGAAUAAUCCUAAAUCUCCACAGAAGCCUACUGUUAGAGUCUUCCUACCCAACAAACAGAGGACAGUGGUUCCAGCAAGAUGUGGGGUAACGGUCCGGGAGAGUUUAAAGAAAGCACUGAUGAUGAGAGGCCUAAUUCCAGAGUGCUGUGCUGUUUACCGAAUACAGGAUGGGGAGAAGAAACCAAUUGGAUGGGACACAGACAUUUCCUGGCUGACAGGAGAAGAACUACAUGUGGAAGUUUUGGAGAAUGUGCCUCUUACAACACACAACUUUGUGAGAAAAACCUUCUUCACUUUAGCAUUCUGUGACUUCUGUCGAAAGCUGCUUUUCCAGGGAUUCCGUUGUCAGACUUGUGGAUAUAAAUUUCACCAGCGUUGUAGUACGGAGGUUCCACUGAUGUGUGUGAAUUAUGAUCAGCUUGAUUUGCUGUUUGUCUCCAAGUUCUUUGAACACCGUCCAAUAUCACAGGAGGAGACCUCCCUAGGAGAGUCGACCACAGCAUGUGGAUCAUAUUCUUCAGUGGUCCCCUCAGAUUUGUCUGGGUCAACAGUUCUCCCUAGUCCUUCUCCUUCAAAAUCCAUUCCAAUACCCCAGCCUUUCCGACAAGGAGAUGAAGACCAUCGGAAUCAGUUUGGUCAACGAGACCGAUCUUCAUCUGCACCCAAUGUGCACAUCAAUACAAUAGAACCGGUCAACAUUGAUGACUUGAUUAGAGAUCAAGGGUUGCGAGGAGAGGGAGCCCCUAUGAACCAGCUGAUGCGCUGCCUUCGGAAAUACCAAUCCCGGACUCCCAGUCCCCUCCUCCAUUCUGUCCCCAGUGAGAUAGUGUUUGAUUUUGAGCCUGGCCCAGUGUUCAGAGGCUCAACCACUGGAUUGUCUGCUACACCACCUGCAUCUUUACCUGGCUCCCUCACCAAAGCAUUACAGAAAUCCCCUGGGCCUCAGAGAGAGAGGAAGUCCUCCUCAUCGUCAGACGAUCGGACCAGAAUGAAAACGCUUGGUCGGCGAGACUCAAGUGAUGACUGGGAGAUACCAGAUGGCCAGAUCACAGUUGGACAAAGGAUAGGAUCUGGAUCAUUUGGGACAGUCUUUAAGGGAAAAUGGCAUGGUGAUGUUGCUGUGAAGAUGUUGAAUGUUACAGCCCCUACCCCUCAGCAGCUGCAGGCCUUUAAAAAUGAAGUAGGUGUACUCAGGAAAACACGACAUGUUAAUAUAUUACUUUUCAUGGGUUAUUCGACAAAGCCGCAGCUAGCUAUAGUUACACAAUGGUGUGAAGGCUCAAGUCUUUACCACCAUCUACACAUAAUAGAAACGAAAUUUGAGAUGAUCAAGCUGAUAGAUGUUGCACGGCAGACGGCACAAGGAAUGGAUUACUUGCAUGCCAAGUCCAUCAUCCAUCGAGACCUCAAGAGUAAUAAUAUAUUUCUUCAUGAAGACCUCACAGUAAAAAUAGGUGACUUUGGUCUGGCAACAGUGAAAUCACGAUGGAGCGGGUCCCAUCAAUUUGAACAGUUGUCUGGAUCAAUUCUCUGGAUGGCACCAGAAGUAAUUAGGAUGCAAGAUAAAAACCCUUACAGCUUCCAGUCAGAUGUCUAUGCAUUUGGGAUUGUUCUUUACGAGCUGAUGACUGGGCAGUUACCAUAUUCUAACAUCAACAAUAGAGACCAGAUAAUUUUUAUGGUUGGACGAGGCUACCUCUCUCCAGAUCUCAGCAAAGUAAGAAGUAAUUGUCCCAAAGCAAUGAAAAGGCUAAUGGCAGAAUGCUUGAAAAAGAAGAGGGACGAACGACCCCUCUUCCCACAGAUUCUUGCUUCUAUUGAGCUCCUGGCCCGAUCGUUGCCAAAAAUUCACCGCAGUGCAUCUGAGCCCUCAUUGAACCGGGCUGGUUUCCAGACAGAGGAUUUUAGCCUAUAUGCUUGCGCUUCUCCAAAAACACCCAUCCAGGCAGGGGGAUACGGCGAAUUUGCAGCGUUCAAGUAGCCACAGCAACAUUGGCAGCAAAUCCACUCUCUUAUUUUUUAAACUUUUGUCUUUCGAUAACUUCCAGACUCUGUUCUGCCCCUUCCAAACAAAGCAAUUUAAUGAAAAGAAACCUGUAGACUUAAGGCCAGAGCAGAGUGGAGCAAUCGGCCUAUCUUUUGGUGGGAGGGGAAAGUCCUUUGUUGGGAACCGGAAAUCUUUUUGCUGCCUCUGUGUUGACCUUCACCCUAAACACCAUAUGCAUUUGGAGACCCCCUCCCCAGUGGCUGCCUGUACCGUUGGCAUCAUUCCCAGGAGAGCAGAGGGCCUGCGCUUUGACUUUCUGGUGCUCUGGCAUGAUGAGAUUGGACCUUCUGCGUCAUGGGCUUGGGAUGGUCUGCUGGUCAGCUUUCUUCCUCUAACAACGAAUCAUCAGAGGCUGAACAUCUGAUGAGACAGCUAAUCAAAACAAUCAUCCUCUGGUCUGAUUUGAUUGAGAACUGUGUGUAUGUGUGUGUGUUUCUGAUGGGCUUUUUUUGAUCAGUGGGAUAAAUGCAGUAUCUCCUUUUCAAAUGAAUGUGAUUGUUAGCUUUUUGAUUUAAAAAAAAUAUGAACAAACUGCCAAAUUGGAGGAUAAAUGGGAAGUUAGGGAAAAGACUAAUAGGCCAGAAAAGGAGAUGCUGCACAAUCUCUUCCCCUGAAUUGCUUUUACCUAUUUAGAAUCACUCUUUUUCCCCAUCUUUAAUUUUUGUUUUUUACUCCUUUUGAAAAGAGUUGGGAAGCUCUUUUCAUCAAUCCCAAAACAGAAUUUUUUUACAAAAUUGUAGCAGAAUUAUAAAUGUGUGGGGUUUUUUUUUCCAUUUUAUGUUGAUACCAUUUUGAUUCUGUGUAUUUUAUGUGUGAACUUUUUGGGAAUACCCAGAAAGUCUAAUGCAGACUAUGAAUAACAAGUGUACCUAUUUUACAAGGUGCAAGAUAAUGUCAGGUACAUAAUAUUUCAUAAACAGAAGUUCUCAGGUUGAAUUGAAUUUGUUUUUAAAAAACAAAACCCAGCUGCAAUCACCACCCCUCCAAGGAUUAGACAUUCCAAAAAAGUGUGCUUAGAUACUUUUUUAAAAAGAGCUUUUAAUCAUGUUAACUUGGCAGACUCAGUAGGCGUGUGUGUGCAUGUGUUAAUAUGCAGUAACUUGUCUUAAGUGGCAGUUUGCUGGUUUGGGGGUUUUGCUGUUGAAAUGGUACUUAACAGGAUCAACACUGGUUUCUUCUGUUGCCAUUUUCCUAUCAGAUUUUCCAAAUACCUUCUUUUCUUGCCCCAUGUUGUGUAUUUUUGGCUUAAAGGUUAUGAUGAUUGCAAUUUGCUUUCACUUUUUGUCUUGCCCUUAAUCCUAAUUUGCAGAAUGAUUCCCAGUUCUAAUUUUUCUCUAGUCAGAGCUAAGGAAACCCAGUAACACUAACUUAUACAUGUAGUGGAAUCAUUGUUUUUAGAAGUUAACAGAAUUCUCAGAUGCACUAAAUAACAUAGCAUGGAUUUGUUUUCAGUUUGUUGGCAAGUUGGAUGCUAGUGAAAUGAAGCUCUGUUUCCCCAGAAGUCUUGGCAUUUAGUGCAUUUUAGCCCUGGUCCUGCUUCCUAUUCUGAGGCUGGGGAAAACCACCCCAUCACUAGUAAAUGUGUGCUAUUUAAACCUAAUCACAUUGGAAUAAUUGAUAUAAAAAUUCAGAGUCUGCACUGUGAUUGAUAAAUAUUUUGGCCCCACUACAAGGUUUAAUUGUGCAAAAGAAAUGUAACUUGUCAUGGAAUUUCUUUUUAAAAUAACAUCAGCUUCAUUUUAAUCGUAGGAUUGCUAAAUGUAGCUGAAAAUUACUAGCACUUGCAGAUACUGAAGCAAGAGGGUAAUUGAAAGACUAUAUGUUGCAGUAAUGAUGUUGCUGUGCACAGUUCAUGGGUGGCAUGGUGGACUUCUGUACACAAGUGCCAUUGAAGGAAAUGAAUUCAUGAGACUGAGUGUGCGCUUGAAUCAUUCCUCUUCACUUCAGUGACCAGUUGUUUUGGAGACCAUCCUGAGGGUUUGCAUAGAAAAACAAGAAUAAAGCAAUUUGAGUUGCUGCUUGAAAACUGCAUCUAAGGUUCAUUCUAUAUCAUUACUAGGGAAGCACAACUUUCCUUUGCUGUUUUUGACAGAUUUGGUUAGAGCAGUGUAUCUUUUCUGAACACAGGCUCCCCUUUAAACUUGCACUAUCUUCUUAAUACCCCCACCCUCAGAACCAACAAAGAAUCUGUUCCAGACUUGACCUUACAUGUAUCCUUGCAUUUGCUACUGUACGUGUCACUUGUUGGGAUGUGAUACAUUUUAGACAUUUGGUUAUGAAGGCCAGCAGUGGCAUAAAAACAGGAAAAGGCUGGGACGGCAAACCAUGUAAAGGAAAAGUGAGAACAGACUCGAACCUCUCUGAGCAAGUCUUCCCAAAUCAUAUGAGGUUGAUGGAGCACCAAAGAUGUAGUCAUUUCCAUGAAGUCAACAAGGAUCAUUGUGGAUGCUUUCCUAGGGACCAUCUUUACCUGUGAGGAGGAAAGCAGUACCUAUUUUAGGAUUCAGCCCUGUCUCCCUCCAGGGGCCCAGCCAUCCCACAGUUUUGCACCUAAAUGUUAAACUUUACCUUCAUCCCUGUUCAAAGGCCAGUCUGUUAUGUUCAGUUUGAAUCCUGACAUGGUUUUCUGAUGCAUUAGUUGCCUCCCAGUUUGAGCAUCCAUUCUAUACUUGUCCUCCUAGUUAUUUAUGAUAUACUGAACAGUACUGGGCCUGCGAUGAAGUCUUCUGGCCUGCUACAUGUGUGUUUUCCCCUAAGUAUGAUGAUGGUUGGCACUCCUUGGGUUCAGUCUUGUCAACUGGUUGCCCAUCCAGUCAAUAGUAGAGUUAUCUAGCCACAUGUUUUGAGCUUGUCCACAAAAAUAUCAUUGUAAAACUUCCUUGAAAGCCAUGCUGAAAUCAAGUCACACUGUGUCCAAAGGAUUUCACAAAACCAAAUCUUCAGAUUACAAAACUUCCAGUUGUCUUGCUUGGGCUUCUUCAUACAAAGAUUUGUGAUACUAAAGCCAAGGGUGUGGCAAUAUUACAGAUCUUGCCUAGGAGAAAACCUCAACAUGGUCCUCUGCUGCGAGCUUGCUCCACAGUCUUACACGCUGCGCCUUGCCAUCUUAACUGGGCUUGAUACUUGAGAUUUUCGCACUCACUGCAGCAACAACUAAUCACUCCAUUGAUCCUUUUGUACCUUAGAAUGAUCCUUUAACUCUCGAGUACUAGCUCCUGCUACUUACUCAGUGGCAUCUCCCAGCUGUUCCACCACUGCUACUGCUGCUUGAAUCUUCUGCCUGUUACCUUGGCAUGCCCGUCAUAUCUUGUAGUAUCAAGUCUUCUAUUCUUCUUUUAUCAUUGCUAUUUCUGUACAGCAGAAGGAAGUGCCUUGAGUGGCACAGACAAAAAGAACCUCUCCUUGUUCAUCUCCAAACAUGUUGCCCUUUGGAGGUGCACCAGUGCCAAGGCCAGUGCUGUCCCUCUGCCAUAUUAUUCAGAAUUUUCUUUUCAAAGCAAAUUCUGGGCCAUCUUAUGCUAAGUAUCUGGCUCAUUUUAAUAACCAGUUGAAAAUUCAAAUAUUUUCUUUGUGGUUUUUAAAAAAGUAAUACAGUUCUGUUAGAACUAGUAAUAAAGAAGUGAUCCUGGCUUGAUUGUAUUCAGGCCUUCUUGUUCAGUAGUAUGCAAAUAAGCUUUACAAGAAAUUAAAGCAUUGGGGAAAGUGUCUUGUUCAUACAAACCACUUUAAAAUAAAUGGCAUAUGCUUUGUGAUUGUUGUAUUAUUUUCAUCUAAACUUAAAGCAAUUAAUUUGUCUGCCAUUCCAUUAGUACUUUCCUGUUGGUCUUCAUUACUCCAUCUCAUCACCAUACAGAUACUUUAUUCAAGGGACUCGCUAUAAUUUGCCCUAAUUCAUAAAACGUCUUGCAGAUCACUUUAAUUAUUUUCUCUUGUCUGCUUAAACUUAAGGCUGCUAUCCUACAUGCUCCUUUUACAUGGAAAUGUCAAGUGACAGAAAUAUGCCCAAAAUCUGAGUAGAUAUGAAUUGAAUAGGAUGGCUCUGGGAAUCAAUCUAAAGCCAGAAUCCAUUUUGUGGUCCUCUGUGAGAACCAGCAUUAGAAAAAGUCUGGAAGAUACCCAACUUUCCCUUUAAAAAAAACUUGGCUGAGAAACUCUAAAAGUUUUAUAUAAUUUCUGUCGGUGCAAACAUUUAUGUGGCCCAACACAUAUCUUGAUGGCUAGAUGCAGGUAGGUAGGUAGGUAGAUAGAUAGAUAGAUAGAUAGAUAGAUAGAUAGAUAGAUAGAUAGAUAGAUAGAUAGAUAGAUAUGUCAGGGUGGUUCUUUACCCCAUGGUGCCACCUCCAGAGACCUGUCCUGUUGAGAACUCAACAAAGGCACAGGGAAAAAUGCCAUAUUGUGUCAAAAUGACGUGGGUAGCAACCUAUAUCAAAUUGUUAGUUCCAACUUAAGUAGAUUCAUUGAAUUAAUAGGAACUUGGUAAAUUAACAAACAAAUUCUAGUAUCUUGGUGAGUUUACGGUGUAUGUUACGGACAGUUAGAGGUGUUUCCAGCACUGAGUGUUGCCUCACUAUCAUCCUUGAUUGAGUGGUUUUUCCAGUGAAACAAGAUGAGCACAGGCAGGAUUUUAACAAGAAGUGGCCACAUAAUCUAUUUUACUGAGAUCCUGUAGGAAAUGUAUUUCUUUGAAUAUGCUUCCAUCCAUAGUCUUUGGCCUAAAUCCAUUUGCUAGUUCAAAAUAGAGUGAACCUAUUGAAUCUUUGGGAAUUGAUAUGAGAAAGUUAAUCCAGCCUUGAAACUGGUGAUAGUUCCUAUUGCAUGACGCUGUGCCCAUCCCGCUGCUGGUCUCAUCCUCCCCAUGAUUAACUUGUCACCCACUAUUGAUAGGCAAAACCCAGUAAUCCCACAACUUUCCAGUUACGUACUUUGUGUGAUCAUCCAUUCUGCUUCUUUGCUGGCAUACCAGCAGUGAAGUAAUGUCAGGGGGUAGGAUUUUCCUCCUCUCCCACUACCCACCAUCUCCCUUGCUAUUCCUAAACUUUCUGUUUUGUAUUUAUUUAAUAUUUCACUGCUUAUUUGCCCUUUUAUUGUUUGUUAUAUAUGGCUGGAAUGUGAAAUUACUCUCUUAAAAAUAAAAAUAAUUGCUGCAAUGGAUGUGCAGCAAGGCAGAGCUAAAAGGGUAUGCGGAAGUAAGAUUGCAGGACACUGGACUGAUGAAUCAGGACAAUUGCAUAAAUGAAGAGAGGUGUGAUGUUGAAGAUGCUUUUCCUGGUAUGUUUCUGCUAUCUAUGAAAGUGCGACAGCCUUGGAACAGUGGCUUUAUGCAAUAAAGUCCUUACUAUUAUGACACUCCACUUAGGGACUAACAACUGGAUGUAGGCCUUAGGUUGAAUUUUCACUGUGAAACAUGACCGCUUGCUGGUUUUUUGGGGUAAGGGUGGGUAAAAAUUUUCAGUUUGCUUUUUUGUAUAGCAGAAGGCUUAGUGGAAGAUUUGUGGUAAAGGCUUGUUUUGUAGCUUGUAUUCUUUUCUGGACUUUGAAAGGCAUAAGCGGUAUAAAGAGUUCAUAGUGCUACAAGCUAGUUAACUUUCUAUCCAUUCAAAAAUAAAAGGGAAACGUCACUUGAAAAGAAUGACACCAUUGAGCCUUGUGGCAAUAUACUCUAGAUUCAGUGUGAAUCCAAUUUAGCUAUAUUAGCUUGUGUACAAAAUCAUAUUAGAAGAAGUUACUCCAUAGCUUCCAUUCCUAUUUCUUCAGUAGCUCUACCACAUUCUGAUGAGUGUGAACCAAUGUGGUGUACUGGUUUCAAAGUUGGGCUAUGACUCGAGACCAGGGUUUGAGUCCCCGCCCAGCCAUGGAAACCCAUUGAGUGACCUUGGGCAAGUCACAUUCUCAGAGGAAGGCAAAAGCAUCCCCCCCCCCCCUAAAAAUACAUGCCAGGAAAAGCCCACAAUGAAGUUGCCUUAGUGUCUACAUAAUCAUAUAACAACCCUUAAGUACAAUGCUCUGUUUUAAAAUGGAGAACAGCUGCAAAGCUGUUCAGCCGAGCUGCACCAACCUUCCUAAGAGGUAACUCCCAUUAUCCCACAGCCACCAUAUGGAAGUUAUCCAAGAUGUUUUAAGGAUGCAGCAGUUAGUUACUGAGUGUUCAAGGUUCAUUAUGCCUUGGGGCCCAUCUUGGGGGAAAAGAUAAACUCAAUACAUAUUGGGUCCCUAACGCUUAUGCUGGAAGUGUGUGCUCUUUAAAAUAGCUCCCUUGUAAUUUGCCAAAUGAUCUGUGCCUUUAAAAUACAAUUUUAAAAAAUCUUAAAACAUAUCUAGGUGCUUAUAUAACUGGAGCACUGGCUUUGCCUUAACUCCAGGACACUACAUUUUCCAAUGAGUGACAAAAUAAAGUUGUACCUCAGUUUUAAAUAUCAAAAGGAUUGAAUAGUACUGCGCUGCCAGUGUAUAUGCCAUUAAUCUCAUUGAGGCUUUUUUGCAGGUUUUCCAAGUAGAUUGUGCCCACAGUCUUUUAUUCUUAAAUCAUAAGAAAAAGACUGUUGUGUACAUGUUUCCCCAGUUUACAUAAUUAGAUUGGAAAAAAUGAACCUUAAACUAUUCAAAUUAAAUAGAAUGACAUUUUUUUAAAAUUUCGUGUCAAAAGCAUUGCAUAAAUAAGUAUAAAACUGAUUAAAAAUAGAACACAAACAGUUAAAUAAUUUUUGACCAAAAAUGGGCAACAGCGACCGCAUUGUCUGUAGCUGUAAACAAUUCUUCCUCUGUACAUGAGGCAGGGCAUUGUGGACAAGCGUACAUAUGACAUUUGUAGAAGUAUAUCCAAAACUGAUAUGUCUCCUUUUGAGUCGUUUUGGAAAAGGGAUUGUAUCAUGAGGGGGAGUAGCUUAACUAAUUUGUGAUUACCAGAAUAGGAGACAGUGGUUACAUUUGUUUAUGGUAUACUUAUUUAGAACAGCAUCAGAUUUGUUUGAAAUCUUUUGUCUUCCUGUUAAUAUGAUAACCUGUUAAACCAGCUGGUUUUAGUUAACAUAUUUUAGGUGAUCUACAGGCUAGAAGUGCAUAAAUACUUAAGAACCAGUAGAUGGGCUAACAUGCUGCAUCUUGUAUAGAAGUACCCUGUUCUUUGUAGAUUCUGUGACUUACACAUAUAUGGGAGUAACCAGCACAGUACAUUAUUUGGAAAUUUCUGUUUGUUUUGGCGAGAGCCCCAUGAAGAGAAUGGGUAAGCCAGGUUUAUAACUGGUCUGUCCUAUUUCUCCUUCCUACCUCUUGGUAUAAACGCUUGGUCAUCACUUGGAAUGAUAAUUAUGUAGGAUUAAAGUUAGUAUUUCAUCGUUCACCAAUGUUUGAAUAUCAGCAGCCCAGAAAACGUCUUGAGGUAGCAAAAUGAACUUUGUGUAGCGUAAUACUAUAUAUAUUUGUUCAGAAGUACCACAGUGUUUAGUUGGAUCCCAGCCUUGAGUGUGUGCAUUUAGUCCCUGAACUCACCAGAGUAUUGAAUUUGCAAUUGCUUACAGAACCAUGUUGGUUUAUCCCCUUCAACUUCUGAUUAUGUACUAAUCCUAUAAUUUACUUUUCAUUUUACAGUUGAAAUUGUUGUUGCAAUUACUCAACUUUCCUCUUUCUGAACUAAGAAAAUGCCAAGCAGGCAACUGCGGGUGCUAUUAUAUGGGCAAUUUUGUUUUACAGAUUCCCUAUGACACUAGAUUAGGCUCAUCUUAGGUGUAUUCUUCCACUUGUUUCUGUUUUUUCUGUGUUUUUAUUCUUCUGUCUAUAUGGGAAUUUCACUAGAAUAGACUUUUCCAGCAGAUCUAUUAAACUGCACAUCUAGAGGCAACUAGAUUGGGGAAGGUUGCACAAAAAUGCUGAGAAGCCCGAGAAAGCAGGAUGGAAUGGGUAAAACAUUCAUCCAGGUUUGGGGGAAUAGGACCAAUGGGGCCAGGGUGGUGGUGGGACAUGUUGGAACAUUUGUUUGGCUUGCGUAUAGGGCCAAUUCUUUAUAACAUUUGACUCAAAAGAUAAAUCUUAAGUGCAAUACAUGUACUUUGUAAUUCAAAACUGUGAAUGGUUAAGAGACACACACCUGAUUCCGUCCUCCCUUUCCUUUUUCCUUCCUGUCAUUAAAACCUUGCAGUGACCAACCUCUGUACCAUGUAAAUCCUGCCACUAUGGCAACUAUGUAUUUUCAGUUUAUAUGCCAACCAAGCACACUAUAAGCUUAUUUUUAGCUCUAAGGUAUUUCUUCAUUUAUGUGGAUUCCAAACAUGAUUUAGUCUCAUACAAGGGUAUCUUGAUUCACUUCACACACCCCAAAUAUCUCCUAUACCAUGUUGUGACUGAUGAGUGACUAUUGUUAGAGAUAUCCAGUUGGAGAGGAGGAAAGUGGGGCUGUUUCUCCUCCCACCUGGUAACGGGCUGCCUUUGUAUCAGGAGGGAUAAAAGAAUAGAUUGUGAUAGAAGAAUGGAGUGCUAAUUCAAGGCUGAGCACUGCUUGCCCUACCACUGGACUGCAAUAGCCCUUCUAGCCUAAGUGGGAAGUUUUGUUUGUGUAACCAGCACCUCUUCUGGCUACUAGGGACCAGUGAAGGACAAGAAGGUUGCUUCUCUAAGCUAACACAGGAACCAACUUUUCUAGUUUUCUAUUGUGUUUGAAAUACGCAGCAACUUACCCUUUGCUUCCAUUGCUCCAAUUUCUUUGAACAGGAUCUGUAACUUCUUGCGUGUUUCAUUACAUGGGCCGUCCUCUGUUCCCCUCUCAACCAUAUUAUAUCUCUUUGGUUAGCAAGGAAUAAUUGCACUAGACAGUCAUUCUCUCCAUUGCUUUGUUGAAGAGAAUCAUUCCAAUGCUUUGUUUUAAUGUAGCCUUAAGAAUUACUACCUGCAAACUGUUUACGACUUCAGGGGUUUGUUGUAAUAGGACUAUACUGUUGCUAACAGUCGUCCCCUCUACCCAUUCUUCUCUGCUAUAUAAGAGUUGGAACUAGCAAGUAUACCAGGUGAAUAGAUAAGAGGAGACUGAUGAAGCACUGCAGGAACAGUGCUACUAAUGCAAACUCACUGUUAGUUGUUUCCUUCUCCAUAGUGUUCUUUGAAAUCAUUAACAGUCUUUGGGUAGAACUUGAUAACCCUAAAUGGGUAGAUCCUAUGGGAGUCAUUGAAAAAGUCAGCCAACAAAAAAGUUUAUCAUGUUAUUCCAGAAAAAUAGUUGCAAAGGAGAAAAACAUAGGAUUUGUUUAAAUGUGGAGGUAUAUUAAACUAACAUUCCUUCAAGACAUAUUUACCAUCUCCACAAGUCUAGAAUUUCAGUUGUUUUUCUUCAGAAAUUGGUAACGACUUUUUUUAAAAAGCAGAAGCUAAAUGUUUCAAAACCUGAAUUUUAUUUCUAAUUCACAGGGAAGUUUGUUUUCAGCUUUUCAUUAGAUGGAUCACUGCAGCUUUUUUUUUUCCUGCCUCCAAAUAUUCCUUCUCCACAACUGUUCACUAUAAAUGUUUAUUCAGCCCAGUUUCAGUUGUUUCUAUCCCCUGGUAUCUCCUUUAGCCUGUAUUCUUCAUUUGUAUUUUGGAGCAUUUUCUCUCAUGUAAAUUUGUACAGUGGGAAAUAUUGUCGAGUUUGGUUUAGAGAGCAUGGAGACAUAAAAUAAAGUUUGAUAGCUAAAAAUUGAGAUUGAAGAAUUAUUUGUGUAAAGUUAUUUAAAGAACUCUGUAUUAUAUAAAAGGUUUAAAAGUUCUAUGUAUUUGAUGUGAAUACUGCUAUAAUAAAGAUUGACUGCAUGGAGAACA